AUGUCUACCAUAGAGGGUGGCCCCUGCUAUUUACCCCUUGCGCUAGUCGAUAAAUGCAUUGGUAAUCGUAUGUGGAUAAUUAUGAAGAAUGACAAAGAGCUAGAUGGAAUUCUCUGUGGUUUCGACGAUUAUAUGAAUAUGGUUUUGGAAGAUGUUAAAGAGUACACCUAUUCGCCUCAGGGUCAUACUGUAGAAAAUAUUGACAAGUGUUUACUCAACGGUAACAAUAUCGUUAUGCUCAUACCGAGAGGGAAAUCGCCAUAA